CAAUGCACCACUCCCCUUCUCGUCCAAAGUAUGUUACAUAAAGUAUCGAGAGCCUUCCAGUGUUGGCGUGGCGCAACAUUUAACCAACACUGUAUUUAUUGACAGAGCUUUGAUCGUAGUCCCAUGUGCAGAAGAUGACUAGACUGGCCCAGCUGUUACACUACACUAGCCUGAGUCAGGCAUUGUUUUCCAAGCCACUAUCCCCGCUGGGGCCACCGCUGCCUUCAAGGGGGGAAUGUGACCAAGGAGAAUAAGCCCGCUGAACCUUCCAAGAUGGACACCUUGUCUCUUUUUAUUUAUCUUUCUUUUCUUUCUUUUUUUUGGUUGGUUUCUUUUAGUUUUUACUUUCACAUGUUGUCCCUUGCCUUGUCUGCUCCCUCUAGACUCUAGCAACACUAUUGCAUUAUAUUAUAUAUUCCUAGCAUAUUGUUUUUUCGUUUAUUAUUUUGGGUUUUUCUUUUUUCCUCUCUCUUUCUCUCACCUCUUCUCUUUCUUUCUUUCGCUCAUUCUCUCUCUCUCCUUCCACAGUCUGUGAUUGAGUUCUGUCCAGGUUGCCAUGGCACCCAAGUGGAAUGUGUAUCACACAUGGGCUGCCAUGAAGAUGACUAACACAUUUUACUUUCUUUGUCUCCUGCUCUUGGUCUAUGGUUAGGAUUUCAAAUAUAGGGCUCAUUUAAACCUUAAACUCACUAGGAAAAAGUAUCAUUAACUUAUAAGUAGUAGAAUAGAAUAUAACCUUUACAUUUUACAUUGGUAACAUAAUGCUUAUACGGAUAGUAUAAGAAUUUGAUUACAUGGACUUUUUAUUUAUUUUGCCCUUAAGCCCUUAAAUUAUUGUAAUUGUUUUUUUUUCUUCUCAAAAACAAAGCCACUAGAUUAAUUGAAAUACACACUGCGCCCUUCCCCUCUUCCAUUCAGGAACGGCAGAUUGAACCAGUAAUAAGAAAGUGAAAGAUUUCAAAUCCGUUGUUUUUAGGUUUUAAGUUUUGGUUAACGUUUGGGAAUUUCUCAAGAUUCUUAAAAAAUGUUCUUCUUUUCUGUAUCUGAUGUUCUGUGUGCUAUUAGUGAUGCAGCCAUCAUGAACGGUUGUCUUGUGUUGCACUCCUUUCCAACACUGCGAAACGAUCGCCCUACGGGAAAAGCGCCCAUGCUUGCUAUCGUAUGGUUCAUGACCAAUAUGUUUCCAGUACAGGUGACCCAUACCUCAAAGUGUUCUCUGCAUUAUUUUUUGAAUCUAUGAAAAAAAGAGGACAAAAAUCAGGAUUUCCCUUUCGUUUGUGAGGAAGAAGUCAUGUUAACGUUUUUGUCUGUUCAUAGCCUGAAUGCUAAAUGACUGACUUAUUACAGUAAAUUUGAGAAGUAGAGGGAAACCUCACUGUGGAUGCUCAACCUUUUUUUAGCAUCGGCUCUUAGACUCCUCAGUAACUAGCCAAUAGAGCUAGGUCUUUGUAUGAAGAAGGAAUGUUCUCUCUCUCUCUAGAAUACUGGGGCUAUAAUACUGCAGUCAUAGAGGACGCAGAAGGGUUGUUUCCUGCCAUGACCUGCUCUAACUCCCCGCCUUGUCCCACAGGGAAGAUCCCAGAAGAAGCCAAGGCCUUGUCUCUCUUGGCACCUGCUGCCCCCCCUGCUGUUCCUGCUGUACCCAGCCUGAUGCCAGGCGCCGGCCUGCUGCCCCUUCCCACCUCGGCCCCCAUACAGACUCAGCUGAGCGUCCCUAUUGUGAGCCUGGCGGCAUUGCCAGCUGCCCUGGACCCUGCAGUGUCGGCCCUGGCUGUGACUGGAGCAGGUGGGGUGUCGUCCUCUGCCCAGCCCCCCCUCAUGGGCAACGUGGAUCCCUCCAAGGUGAACGAGAUCAGAAGGACUGUCUACGUUGGCAACCUCAACUCGCAGACCACUACUGCAGAGCAGCUGCUGGAAUUCUUUAAGCAGGUGGGCGACGUAAAGUUUGUGCGCAUGGCGGGGGACGAGACGCAGCCCACACGCUUCGCCUUCGUGGAGUUUGCCGACCAGGAUUCAGUGUCCAGAGCGCUGACCUUUAACGGAGUCAUGUUCGGAGACAGACCCUUGAAGAUUAAUCAUUCCAACAACGCCAUUGUGAAGCCCCCAGAGCUGACCCCUCAGGCUGCAGCCAAGGAGCUGGAGGACGUCAUGAAGAGGGUCAGAGAGGCCCAGUCCACCAUUGCCGCCAUCAUAGUAGAGCCAGAGGAGGUGAAGAAACGCUCAUCCAGUCACUCCCGACGUUCCAGGAGAUCCAGAACACGGUCACGAUCGCAUUCCCGCUCGAGAACGAGGAGGAAGCGGUCCCAUUCUAGGCACAGAAGCAGGCUCUCUCAGAGGUCGCGGCCCAAGGUCAGCGAGUCCCACGUCUCUCGGGGGAUCCACAAGAGACUUUCGCGCUCCAGAUCACGGGACAGGCGGAAAGAGAGGGAGCAGAGGACGAGAGGAAAGGAGGAUAUAUCUCGGGUUAUAGAGGACAGGAGGCAGAAGGAGAAAAAGGCUAAAACACCUCCAAAAAGCUACAGUGCAUCCCAAAGGUCCAGGAGCACGAGCAGGGGCCACAGAAGGAAGAGCAGGGAUCGUUCUAGGAGUCCCAGAAGGAAAGCCAGGUCUCCCUCACCAAAGAGAGGGAGGAAAGACGAGAAGAGGGAGAAGGCAAGGGAUGGCAGCAGGGAAAAGAGGGAGAGUUCCAACUCCAGGAAGAAGAGCAGCAGAGAUAAAGAGAAGAUGGAGCUCAAGGCCAAACCUAUGAAGGUGGAAAGGGACUACGACAGGAAGGAGAAGGACUACCAGAGUGACAGGGAGGGGUCGGCCACACCAAGCGAGGGUUUGACAUCACCCUGCGUCCAGCACAACGGCAGCUACAACACAAACACAGAGGAUGACGCUGCCUCGCUCGCCGACAGCACUGAGUGAUGGGUGUGAAACCAGGCAGAACCAUGGGAACGAGACAGUCCACUAUGUAUCCAGCUCCUGUGAUCUUUACCUUGGUAUAACAUACACAUACAUCCCUUCCUGUUCCCCAGGCUGGCACAAGUGUGCCAAAAACCAUUAGAUCUUAUCUGAUUAUUUUCCUAGUUCCAGUUUCUUGGUGUGUAUUUAGUGUAAGACCAUAUAAGAGAAUGCUGACCCCCUAUGCCCAUUGCUGUGAAUCUGUUGUCACAUGAUAUUCAUAUUGAAAAUAGACCUUAACGUGCACAGCUUGUUUUUAUAGAUGUGGAGAAUGUGUGCUUUUCCUACAGUAAGAACUGUGUUGAACAUAACAUGCUUGUGGUUGAUUUCCUGUUUGUUGGUUCAUUUGGUGUUUGUGCUAUCGUGCAACACUUCAUCUAUUUUGGUUACUACUAGAUGCAAGGUGCUGUUUCUGUUUGUGCACAAUAUCUUAGUUUGCACCCAAUGUAAGAAAUGCUGUUAUUUACAAAUUCUUACAAAAUCAAUAUUUCUAUAAAGUAAUAUUAUGUGGAAGAUCUUAUAAUGCAAGAUGUCUAGUGUCUGUUGCUGUUAGAAAGGCCUUUCUCAAGGCUUCAACCAGCUUCAUGGUUCAGCAUGCCAACCCUAAAUUAUACAGAGGUUCAACUUGCUUGACACAUAGGAAUGAGUUAACAAUUCCCUGGCAGGCAAGUCAAAGUGCCUAGACUGAAAUUGUACAAAAAUACACUAAUAAUAAACUUUAUGAAGUUAUUGAGAUGCAAGAUGUGUUGGUAUUCUGCUUAAGCAAUCGGGAAAAGUUGUUAGAUAUGAGUGGUGUUGUCUUGGAUACAAACAGCAAGCGUAAUAUUCAUAAAAUCUCAGUUUUACCAAUCAUAAUUAAGUUAUAUUUGUAGUUUUGCAUUUGUUUGUUGGUGAUGGAUUCCAGUGUUUUGUAUGAACCCAGUGGCCAUGGGGAACCCUGCAGUACAAAGUGUUCAAUUUGGCUCCAAUUUAGCAGCAGAAUUUUCUUUUGAACCAGAGUUUUUAUCAAAGCUAUGUAUGUGUUGCAGUGAGUAUGUAUGUAUGUAUGUAUGUAGUACAAGUUGAUUCAGGAGUGAGUGAACAUGGUUUUCUCCUCACCAAAUUGUGUUUACGUAAACAGUAUCUAUGCUUCGGAUUGAAGGACCUAAUUUUUGCAGAGUUAAGAGCUACAUAAGGCAUUGGUCUGAGUUGUUUUAUCAUUUACAUUGUCUUAAUGAAGGGUAAAAAAAUAUAACAAUCCACAACAUUCAUGAGACAUUUGAAAGGAUUGUGUAAAGAAUGUAUUUUUUUAUAUUCAUAUAAUGCAUUCGGAAAGUAUUCAGACCCCUCAAUUUUUUCCAUAUUUUGUUAGGUUACAGCCUUAUUCUAAAAUGUAAUAAAUACUAUUUUUUUCCUCACCAAUCUACCCACAAUACCCCAUAAUGACAGUGCAAAAAUAGGUUUUUAGAAAAUGUUGCUAAUUUAUCAUUUAAAGUGAAAUCACUUUUGCGUAAGUAUUUAGACCCUUUACUCAGUACUUUGUUGAAGCACCUUUGGCAGUGAUUACAGCCUCGAGUCUUCUUGGGUAUGACGUCCCAAGCGUGGCACACCUGUAUUGGGGCGUUUCUCCCAUUCUUCUCUGCAGAUCCUCUCAAGCUAUGUCAGGUUGGAUGGGGAGCGUUGCUGCACAGCUAUUUUCAGGUCUCUCCAGAGAUGUUCGAUCAGGUUCGUGCUCUGGCUAGACCUCUCAGGGAAAUUCAGAGACUUGUCCCUCCUGUGUUGUCUUGGCUGUGUGCUUAGGGUCAUUGUCCUGUUGGAAGGUGAACCUUUGCACUUUUCAUCAAGGAUCGCUCUGUACUUAGCUCUGUUCAGCUUUGCCUCGAUCCUGACUAGUCUCGCUGCCUCUGAAAAACAUCCACACAGUAUGAUGCUGCCACCACCAUGCUUCAUCGUAGGGAUGGUGUUAGUUUUCCUCCAGACGUGAAGCUUGGCAUUCAGGCCAAAGAGUUCAAUCCUGGUUUCAUCAGACUAAAGAAUCUUGAUUCUCAUGAUCUUGAGUCCUUUAGGGUGCCUUUUGGCAAACUCCAAGUGGGCUGUCGGACCUUUUACUGAGGAGUAGGUUCUGUCUGGCCACUCUACCAUAAAGGCCUGAUUGGUGGAGUGCUGCAGAGAUGUUCGUCUUUGUGGAAUGUUCUCCUAUCUCCACAGAGGAACUGUGGAACUCUGUCAGAGUGACCAUCGGGUUCUUGGUCACCUCCUUGACCAAGGCCUUUCUCCCCUGAUUGCUCAGUUUGGCUGGGCGGCCAGGUCCAAACUUCUACCAUUUUAAUAAUGAUGGAGGCCACUGUUCUUAGGGACCUUCAAUGCGUCAAAAAAAUGUUGGUGCCUUUCCCCAGAUCUGUGCCUCGUCAUAGUCCUGUCUCGGAGCUCUACGGACAAUUCCUUCGACCUUAUGGCUUGGUCUUUCCUAUGACAUGCACUGUUAACUAUGGGACUUUUCUAUAUAGACAGGGUAGUGGGUUCCUUCUGGGUAUGGGUGGUCCUUCUGUGGCACAGUUGGUAGAGCAUGGCGCUUGUAACGCCAGGGUAGUGGGUUCGAUUCCCGGGACCACCCAUACGUAGAAUGUAUGCACACAUGACUGUAAGUCGCUUUGGAUAAAAGCGUCUGCUAAAUGGCAUUUAUUAUUAUUAUUAUUAUUAUUACAGGUUUGACUUUCCAACUCGUUGAAUUUAUCAUGGGUGGACUCCAAGUUGUAGAAACAUCUGAAGGAUGAUCAAGGCAAACAGGAUGCAUCUGAGCUCAAUUUUGAGUCUUGUAACAAAGGGUCUGAAUAUUUAUGUAAAUUUACAAACAUUUCUAAAAACCUGUUUUCGCUUUGUCAUUUUGGGGUAUUGUGUGUAGAUUGCUGAGGAAUUGUUUUAUUUCAUUGAUUUUAGAAUAAGGCUGUAACCUAACAAAAUGUGAAGAAAGUCAAGAGGGCUGAAUACUUUCUGGAGGCAUUGUGUGUUUUAUAUAUCACACACUCACACUGUAGAGAACAUGUGUACAAAAAGGUGUUGGCUCACUCUUAUGUACUUGUUAAAGAUGUUGGCAACUAAUGUGUGAAAAUUAUGAAAGAGGAUAUCGCAAACAAUGCUUCAAUGUUUUCUCUCUAUUUUGUAUGUUCAUCCUGAAACUGUACCUUUGACAAAGUACCUACUAUAUUUCAGACUAUCCUAACCAAAAGAAAUCCAAUAAAGAGACUUUGCGUCAAAUAA